AUGUGGUGCCGUAACCAGCAGCUGUGCUCGCCAUCACCUAGUGGGGGCUUCGCUUGCCUGACCAGUAUGCUCGCAGACGACUUCAGCUGUGAUGACCCAACGACGGGCUGCGGGUUCCUGUUCACGAGCUUGGUCAAAGCAGCUCUGGAGGCAGCUCCGGCGGGCGCGAGCGGCAUCCUGGCCUUCAUCAACCCCAACUAUGACCCACCAUUAGCAGCGCAAAACUUGGAAGCCUGGGUCGCCGGCGCGGGCUAUCAGGCAUCCAUCAUCACCUACUUCCAGAGCGCGACAAGGGUGGCCAGUCUUAAUUUUAGCCAAUAUAAGCUGAUAUUCAUUCCCGCGGGCGCACCCAUGGGAGAAUUCGGGGGUGGCAUGACGGAUAUCCUUAAUGAUGCCCUGACAGCCGUCCAGGCGAAGAUUGCCGCAUUCAUCAGUGCAGGUUAG